AUUUAGCCAUACCCUAGGUUUAGCUGUAUUUCUACACACCCCAUUUAGCCAUACCCUAGGUUUAGCUGUAUUUCUACACAUCCCAUUUAGCCAUACCCUAGGUUUAGCUGUAUUUCUACACACCCCAUUUAGCCAUACCCUAGGUUUAGCUGUAUUUCUACACACCCCAUUUAGCCAUACCCUAGGUUUAGCUGUAUUUCUACACACCCCAUUUAGCCAUACCCCGGGUUUAGCUGUAUUUCUACACACCCCAUUUAGCCAUACCCUGCGUGCAAAACAAAACACAUAACAGCUAAUAACGUAGCUAAAUAUUAACAUUAUCCCCAAUCGAGAUAUCUGCCCGUCGUUUCAGCUCCAACUGAACUUAAAGGUGCAUUUCAGACACACAUCUUCGUGGCCAUUCAGGAUGUAGUGUACUCAGACUGUCUAGCUCUAGCUAAUAACACAGUAUAGUAGGCUAUUGGUUGACAGACAGCCGCUAAUCAGAUCACAUCACCGCCAGAUAAUUAACUAAAGAUGCUGAAAAUGGAGGGACUCGGGCCGAAGAUGGACCCGGAAGAGAUGAAGAGGAAGAUGUGGUGUCUUCGGUCAGGAACUUUCUCCUCCAUGUCGCCCUGCUCCGAGUCAAUCUCCAGGCUCAAAGCGUCAGUCCACCAGCUGAACUCUCAGUCAGACUGGUGAAUGGGACCACUUCCUGUUCUGGGACAGUGGAAGUCUUCUACAGAGGAGAGUGGUUGGGUCUAUGUCCUAGUUGGUGGAGCAUAAUGAAAGAGGCCAAGGUUGUGUGUAGACAGCUGGACUGUGGGAAUCCUGAAGCUGAAUCUAUUGGACCUCUAGUUAAGGAUGGAAGAAGAAGAGGAUUCUUUCUUUAUAGUUGUAGUGGACAUGAGUCAUUUUUUAGACAGUGUGACAUCAGAGGAGGACCUGGUUACUGUUUUGGUGCAUAUUAUCUUCAUGUGAUCUGUUCAGAGUCUGUGCGGCUUGUGGAUGGAGCUGGUCUCUGCUCUGGGAGAGUGGAGGUGAAGUCCAAUCAGUCCUGGGCCUCAGUGUGUGAAGCUGACUUUGACCGGCAGGAUGCAGAGGUAGUCUGUGGGGAUGUUGGCUGUGGGGCUCCUGCAGCUCUACAGGGGGGGCUCUAUGGAGGAGGUGAGGGUCAGACCUGGGAUAAAGAGUUCCAGUGUAAAGGCAAAGAGUCCCUUCUCCUGGACUGUGAUACCUCAGACAGAAAACACAACACCUGCCUACCUGGUAAUGCUGUUGGACUCACCUGCUCAGAGCCUGAUGAUGUGAGGCUGGUGGGAGGAGGCAGUCGCUGUGCUGGUGGAGUGGAGUGGUACGACCAGGGAGAGUGGAGGACUGUGGGAGCUCUCUCUGACGUGAAGGCUAUAGCUGCAGUAGUGUGUAGACAGCUGGGUUGUGGCUCCACUGUUUCAGUACCACCUGGAAACGCCACUAGAGGGUUUGGAGUUAUCUGUUCUGGGUCUGAGUCUUCACUGAGGGAGUGUUACAGAAGCUAUGAUCUCCUUGCUGGACUCACAGUGAUCUGCUCAGAUCUCCUGGUCCAGCCUGAUAUCUCCCUGACUGACUCAAUGGGAGGGGUCUCCAGGGGCCACCAGGGGCCCGAGGUGUUCAGGGGCUACAGCUUCACCAUCACCUGCUCCACUCAGCCACAGUACCCAGGAGGCUCCUUCCUCCUCACGUUCACCGGCUCCAACAGAACACAGACCCAGCCAGCUGUCAAUCACUCUGCUGCCUUCCUCUUCCCUGCUGCAGAUGACUCCCACCAAGGGACCUACAGAUGUGUUUAUGACAGUUAUGUUUUCUCUCAUAACUUCUCCUCUGAGAGUGAGCUCCUCUCCCUCACCAUCACAGGUAACUGAACAUGAACCAGACUUAUAACUUUGUCAUUGACAGAUUUCCCACAGAUCUAUGUGAUGAUGAUCA